GGGAAUUGUAGAGCAGGAGAUCAGGAAUUAUCAGCCUGCCCGCCUUACUGCAACGUUAUACGGGCGAGCACGUGAGCUUCACGCGCUUGGUGACCUACAAGAAGCCACCACGGGUGAUUACCGCUCACGUAUGCGUCAUACACGCUGACCUAUGGAAAGGCAGUUGAGAUCAUCAAAUGCACAGGGUAAAAGAGACUUCCCCCCUCCGAACUAGGCUUUUCUGACGGGAGCUUCUGGCGGGAAAGGCGUAUAGGAGAGGCUUGCUUUGUUGCGCAGAGAGGGGAAGACCUUACCUUUUGUGCGAGGGUAUAGAAGCGGAAGACAAGCAUCAUGAUCACCGCUGGGUCAGAUGACGAAGAGGUUGUGGUAGACGCCGGGGCAAAACACGUCAGAUCUCUGCCACUUGAACAAGAAAUAUCCCGCCGUCGAAAUGACAUUUACGUCGGUGUGCACAUGCCCCUUCGCUCGAGGUACAAUGCGAAACAAAAACGAGGCUCAGAAACGACCAGCGGAGAUGCCAAACCGACGACAACGCCGAAUGGGGUGGGCCCACACACCGUACCACUUUAUGAUGGUGAAACAGCUGCACAGCGAGUCAAGUUUUUGCUCGGUGAAGAAGGAGAGAAGUUGGCAGAGACCCAUGACAUCUUCUCGGAGUUGGAGGAACUGUUUUACGAUGAGGAAGGCAAUCUGCUCGAGUGGAAAGAGACUGCAAGAUGGGUAAAAUAUGAAGAAGAUGUGGAUUACGGAGCAGGACGCUGGAGCAAACCCCACGUAGCUACUUUGUCUCUCCAUAGUCUCUUUGAGCUCAAGAGGUUGCUCCACGGUGGGACGGUGCUCCUGGACAUGGAUGCGGAGAACAUGUGGACCAUAUCUGAUCUGGUCAUAGACAAUAUGGUGGCGACGGGUCAGCUGGAAGAGGAAAACCGACCAAACGUCAAGGAAGCACUGAUAAGGAAACAUCGUCAUCACCAGCAGAAAAAGUCAAAGGGAGAGAAACAAAUGGAAAAACAAGCUGGGAGGGGGCGACGACGCAGCAGCUUAUAUCCUGGAAUCGACAGAAGUCAAUCCACUGGAGGACAUCAAAAUAUCAGCAUGGAACAAUCGGCUGGCUUCGAUGGUCUGUUAAAGAAGCAUAGCUCCGCCUCAAACCUCGAAAAGAUGCGACGUAAUAACAGCCAAGGAUCACUCGGUAGAAUGGAGCCGUCUGACAGUACAGAGCAAAUUCAGAAAGAAAGCAAGUUCCUGAAGAAACUUCCGCCCGGAGCCGAAGCGUCCAACGUACUGGUCGGUGAAGUGGAUUUCUUGAAGAAGCCCAUCAUUGCAUUUGUCCGCUUGUCGAACGGGGUUCUACUGCCGGACAUGACAGAGGUGCCGAUUGCUACCAGAUUCCUGUUCUUGCUUCUCGGCCCUCCUACUGGAGACACGGUGAAAUACCGAGAAAUUGGACGUUGUGUUGCUACUCUCUUCUCUGACGAGGUGUUCCAUGAUGUAGCGUACAGGGCAAGAGAUAGGAAUGACCUACUGGCAGGAAUCGAUGAAUUCAUGGACCAAGUCACCGUGCUUCCCCCAGGAAGUUGGGAUCCAAGUAUUCGCAUUGAGCCGCCAAAAUCCACCCCGUCACAGGAAAAGCGACGUCAAUCCGAACACUUCGUUCACCCUAUACCUCUCAGUAUCCACCAGGAAGACGAUGCUAAAUUUGAAUUGGCGCGGACAGGAAGGCUCUUUGGUGGACUGAUCAAUGAUGUCAAGACAAAGAUACCUUUCUACCUGAGUGAUUUCACGGAUGCACUCAGCAUACAGUGCAUAGCUUCGUUUGUCUUCAUGUACAUUGCCUGCAUUACGCCCAUUAUCACGUUCGGUGGAUUGCUUGGAGGAGCAACGGACGAUUACAUUGCAGCCUUUGAGAGUCUGAUCGGCGGAGCAAUCUGUGGUGUAGUUUACCAUCUGUUCUCGGGCCAGCCAUUGACCAUCAUCGGAAGCACCGGACCAAUCUUGAUCUUCGAGACAAUCAUGUUUCAGUUGUGCACAUCUAUGGGACUGAACUACCUGUCUUUCCGUGUCUGGAUCGGCUUCUGGACCUGCGUCAUCUGCAUCAUUCUAGUCGCCACGGAUUUCAGUGCCUACGUGCGAUACAUCACGCGGUUUACGGAGGAGGCGUUCGCGGCCCUGAUUGCGUUCAUCUUCAUCGUGGAGGCUAUCGAGAAUCUGCUUGAGAUCAACCACAAGUACCCGCUGGAAGCACACCCGGAUUCCAGUCAUGACAUGAACAUGACAGAAUCCGACUGCGUCUGCAUCCAACCAAACGACACCUUCAGCAACGUCUCAGACUGGGGCGAGAUAUCCGAGGAGGACUGCAAACUCUUGAACGGUACCUUGGAAGGGGAGACAUGCGGCCAUCACCAACCUGUACCCGAUGUCUUCCUGUUCUGCGUCAUCCUCUUCUGUGGCACCUUCGUGUUGUCCUACGCACUCAAGACUUUCAAAUUCACCACGUUCUUCCCGACACAGAUUCGUUAUCUCAUCAGUAAUUUCGGAGUCUUUUUUGCGUUCAUCUCGAUGACUGUGUUUGACAUACUCGUGGGACUUCCAACGCCGAAACUGACCGUGCCAAACCAGUUUCAGCCCACACGUAGUGACCGAGGGUGGUUAGUGCCCUUGUUCGUCAAUCCGUGGUGGACGUACUUCGCGGCCAUCAUUCCAGCCCUUCUCUGCGGAAUCCUGAUUUUCAUGGACCAACAGAUUACUGCUGUCAUCGUAAACAGACGUGAAAACAAACUCAAGAAAGGCUUUGGUUACCAUUUGGACCUGUUCGUGGUAGGCUUGCUGCUUUUCCUCAUGUCGAUCCUGGGCAUGCCGUGGUUUGUUGCAGCCACUGUGCUUUCCAUCAACCACGUCGACAGUCUCCGUGUCAUGUCUAAGACGGUCAUUCCAGGAGAACCGCCCAAAGUAGAAGGGUGUCUGGAGCAGCGUGUAACUGGUUUGAUGGUGUUCAUAAUGAUGGGUGUAUCGAGUCUGAUGACUGGUGUACUAAGGUUUAUUCCGAUGCCCGUGCUGUAUGGAGUGUUUCUUUACAUGGGUAUUUCUUCUCUUAGAGGAGUGCAGUUUGUUGAUCGGCUGCUCCUAUUCCUGAUGCCUGCCAAACAUCAACCAGAUCACAUCUACCUCCGGCACGUCAAGCUAUGGAAAGUUCACCUGUUCACUGCCAUCCAGGCAAUAUGCCUCGCCAUUCUCUGGAUCAUCAAAACCUCCAAAGGUGCAAUUGUCUUUCCGAUCAUGGUGCUGGCUAUUGUAAUCAUUCGUAAAGGCAUGGACUACAUCUUCACUCAAGCUGAGCUGAGUUUCCUUGAUGACGUCAUACCGGAGAGCCAGAAGACUCAGAAAGAAAACGAGGAUAAAAAGAUGAAAGAGGAGUUCGAGGAGGAAACACGAGCACGGUCUGGUACCCUGACGAUAGCCCUGGAGAGUGGCCAAAUGCUGAGUAUUCCUGCUGGUAAAGUCACCUUUAAUCCUGGUGGCAGUGAUCAGGAAGACGAAGCCCUGCCCCAGGAGGAGGGCAUGGGGACCUCUCACGUACUACGCAACCUCUCGAGUGGACCACAGCCCCGCCAUAGACGCAAUGCACCGAGCAACAACGCAGGAUCCAUUGACAACAAAGGGAGUGACGCCUACAUCGAUAUGCCACCGGACAAAGUCGAGCAGCACGAACUCGACACGCACUUUUAAAAUAUGUAAACAAGUUUUAAGAUGGAUAUUUGUAUUGAUUAGUUGUGAUGAAUAAUACUGCUUACAAUGACGUAAAUUUGGGUGACUUUUGGAUAAUCACUGAGAGUAAAAACAUUUUGAUUAUCUUUAUAAUGUAAAAGUGCAGUUUGAAAGCAUGAUCAAAAACUUUCUUUUCUCGUAUAAAAAUGUUUUUAAAAGUAUUAAGGGCUUCCAGGUGAAAACAGGUAAUGAGUAUAAUUGCCAAAAACCUGUGACGGAGUCAACCAUUAAUUUAACAAUAUUUCGAGCACGAAAGAGAGAUAGAAGAAUGUUGUCCUUUUCUGGUCGUAGAAGAUAUGUUUGUACAUUGUAAUAAAUUUACUCGUCAUUUUAGGCGCUUAUAAUUUGAUUGGGCUGAAAAUCACUGGCAGUGGUCUUUUACAUUUUCUUGGGGAGGGCAGGAACUCCGUGAACACGCUUAAUCACCCGAGCUUACUCGAUUCAUUGUCAUCUUCAAUUUCACGAUACUAUUUUUCAUUAAUUAAUUGAUGGAUAAUUAUUAUUGACUUGAAACGUGGCUUCAAAAUUUGUUGUCAACUAUUUUAUAACAGGCUGAAAAAGAGGUUAAGCCGAAUCAACACUAAAAACAACGAAUGACGAUUUGUGCAUUCGUGGCAUGUGCUGACUGCUUACUUGUUGAACGAGUUUUAUGCAUUGAACGCACAACUGCGGCCAUUAUAACCUAAUAUUUCUAAAGUUUGAAGUUUUAAACUGAAAAUUGAGUUGAAAUUAAAGCCAAGAUUGGUUGCCUGUGCUGUUUAAUGUAUUGUAAUGAGUUAUAAAUUUAAUAUGUAACAUUGAUUUCUUUUCCGAAAGUAAAGUUUAUAUUUAUCUUUUCUGUCUAGCGGAAGUAUUACAAAAUUUACUGUUUUUUUAAAUUAUGUUACUUAACAAGUCAUUAACUUAUGUGUUGUAUUGGGAAUGUCAAAAACUGAAGAUAUCGAUGUAUUCCCCCUUGCUUGGUUACAUUAAUGACGUCUGAGGGGGUAAAAGGCACCUCGUGGUCGCCAUGGCGUCAUUUUUGAGGUAUACAUUUCAUUUUAUAUCCAUUCGUAUAAUUCUGAUUGUUAGCGAAUUUCGCAGUCAUUUUAUUAUUAUAAAGGUGAUUUUUUUUUAUGAAUGAUUCACAUCCGUUUAAACGAGAAGGGUUGACCGGUUGCAUAGUGCAUGGUACACUCAGUCGGCAUAAGGUGACUGAAGGAUGCAUGUUACGAUAUUUGUAUAGUCUCGGAGCAAAUGUGAAAACAAAUCCUCAGAUGUGAAGUUUGGACUGAGAAAGUUAAACUGUCUUUGCUUGAGAUGUGAGAAACUUUUUUUUUUAAUUGUCAGUUUACUAGUAAACUAAUGGAACUUUUCUGUGUAAUAUGCUUUCACAAAAAAAAUCUUAGAUGUAGGCCUAUACAAAGUUUUUCUCGACACUUAAUAUAUCACUACAAACUUUAAAAGAUAUAGACGAUAAAAAGUCGGAAGUGUCAUUUAUCUGUUUAAAAAGAAAAGAUUUUAAGGUAUAGAAAAGAGGGAAAGAUUAAUCGGAUGUCUAAUCACUUGAGAUCAGUGUACAAAUACGCACCCACGCCUACGUUACCUUCUGUGGACAUUCAUUUGUUUUCGUGUAAAGGAAAACCGGAGACUGAAAGUUCUUUUUUUACUCCGGUGCGAACACUCUUUUAAUCCUUUUUAAAAACAUGUUUUCCCUGAGGGUUCCUCGUCAUUUUGUGACAUAACCCUAACCCAAAAAUGCCUCUAGAGGGGGGACACCCUGUGUGGACCUGGCUUAGUGGUUCACACAACCUGCAUCGUGUGGACCUGUUUUGUUUUUAGGUCCACACAAAGCUUAA